CAUCAACAAGACCGGCGAGGGUGCCUGGCAUCAACAACAACUUUUUUUUAAUACGUGGCAUUGAGGAACAAAUUAAACCUUUGUGAUGUUGAACACUAAAAUGACUGACAUCGAGUGGAAUGUUGAGAAUGAGAUCCAGUUGUUUUAUGCCAUGAUGGGCCACAAGCCAGUAGGUGUGAAUAAACACUUCCAAAUGAUGAUUAUUCAUGACAAGCUUAGUUCCUCUCUUAACUGUGAAUUAUCAACACAAACGAUAUGGAAGAAACUGGAGACACUAUACGACUUGGCUGCCUUGGAUGAGUCGGAUAAACUACCCUUUCCAAACGAUGAGAAUGAUUUUUGUCUCCCAGAUAUAGAGUUUUCUGAUCUUUUAGAUGAAAGGGUAAAACCGGAUGAUAAAGAAGAGAAGGAAAUUAGAGCCAGAGGAAGACCACCCAAGAAAGAGGAUAGGGACAAGGAUGAUGUCUCCAGCAGGCGAGACCGAGUCCGAGAGGUCAGAGACGAGGACGACGACACUCCCCGCAGGCAAGGCAAGCGCGGCCGUGACUCUAAACCUUCCUCCCCAGCCCACACUCCAACUUCCAACAAGAGACGCAGAAAUUGACUGAAGUUAUUUUUAAUGGCAUUGGGUAUUACUUUUUGGUCACGUUUGGGGGUUUGAAGAACUUCGUUAUGUUCUUGAAAAUAAGAAAUGUAAGGCACUAUGGCAAGAUUUUGAUAGUGUAUAAAGUAAACAUUUUAUUUCUUUGUGUAAUAUUUUGUAUAUGCAAAAAGUGUAUAUGAAAUAUGCAAUACAAAGAAGUCAAGGUACAACUAUAUUAGGUAAUCAAUCUCAAUGAUUUUAUUGAUGCCAAAGUAUUCAUUUUGUUUAUAUUUUUGUAUGUUUGUUUUAAGGAGUCUGAUGUAAAUAUAUAUUAUGAAAUUUAAAUGAAAUACAGAACAAGGGAAUUUCAAUUUUCUAUUAUACAUUUUUGAGAGCAGGGAUAGGAAGGGUUACUAUGAUAAUUGCUACAUAAUUUAUUUUCUUAAAAUAUGGUUUAAAAAAUAACUUACUGCAAUGCCUUAUGUAAAUGAAAAAUAUAAGCACUUCACCAUGACAGGAAUCUGACUUAAUAUUAUGAAAGAAAGAAUGCCAUGUAAACACACUCAUUUAACAGACAAAUGGCCUAGGAAAAUGAUAUAUAUAUAUCAUUUUUCCUCUCUCUUUGCUUACCAUGUAUGAGAGGCUUUUUGCAUAAAACCUUCCUUGUGUUUUUUUCAUGGGGGUGGAAUUUUAUGUAUAUAAUUUAUCCUAGUUAUGUAUUGUAGCUGAUCAAUCAUUUCAUGUCUUAGCCUUCAGAUUCCAUGUGAAGUUUGUGAUGUUUUCAGUGAUAGAUAAUCAUCUCAUUUAUUUAUGCCAUCAGAGAUCAUGGUUUUGGAAGUAAUCAUUAGAUGAGUUCAGUGUUUUAUGUAUAUUUUGAGGAGGAAAUAUAGAUAUCCAUUUUUUUUUAUAUUUAAAAUUUGGUUACUAGCAUUUUAAUUUUUUUACCAACCAUCUGAUACACAUUUUGACAUUGUGCUAUGUUUACUUCAGUGGCUUUUUACACCAAUGAUUUAUAAAAGUUUAUGAGCAUUAGUGGAAGAAGGAAAAUGCCAAAAUAAUCAUUUUGAAACUGGCUUCAGGAUUUGAUCGAGAUCCUGCACAUCAAAGCAUUUUUAUGUUAAUGUAAUAUUUGCCUUGGAGAGUCUACUGAUAAACAAAGAGCACAGGUGCAUAUGUUCAUCAUCAUCACUGCCGUUUUAGAUAUAAGUCACUCAUUAAACGCAGGUUGGUAUAAAGUAUGAGAAAGAUAAAGCACUGUCUCUACAUAAUGAACAUGUUAUGUGCCAUCCAUAAAGGGGUGUUAGCAUUAGGCCUUAGAAUACCUUUGGAUAACUAGUAAUACUAAUAUGCUGGGGAGUAAAAAAGAGAUUUGAACAUUCUCAUUUUCAUUCCCAGAUAGACUGUUUCAUUCCUUAAGUUUAUCAGAUAUAUGUGCUUGACAAUUUGUUACAGAUAAUUUAUAUUUUCUGUAUCUUUUCUGAUAUUAUUUACAAGUCAUUAGCAUUAUUAAAAUUCCUAUAUUCA